UCCAUCACUAUUUAAGACAUACACUAACCUUCUUCUGUGAAAACCCACUUCAACAUAAUUAAGCUCUGUGUUCUUGUUACAAUGGAGAACCAGAGUAAGGCUAUCUUUGCUGGUACAGAAGAGAAAAAAUCUCCUAAGAGUGGUUCUUGUGAAUUGAUUCUUAGACUUCUGGCCUUUGUUCUCACCCUUGCUGCUGCUAUAGUUAUUGGGACCGAUAAGCAAACCAAAGUUGUUCCUAUUAAGAUUGCUGAUUCUUUGCCUCCUUUCAAUGUUCCUGUUUCUGCUAAGUGGCAUUACCUCUCUGCCUUUGUCUACUUUAUGGUGGCAAAUGCAAUAGCAUGUGCAUAUGGAGCCAUCUCUAUGUUACUCACCUUCUUAAAUAGAGGUAAUAGCAAAGUGUUAUUGGGAACAUUGAUCACUAUGCUUGACACAUUGAUGGUGGCUUUGCUAUUUUCCGGCAACGGUGCCGCCGCCGCAGUGGGUCUUCUUGGCUACAACGGAAACUCUCAUGUAAGAUGGAGCAAAGUGUGUGAUGUGUUUGAUAAGUUUUGUCAUCAAGUGGCUGCCUCAAUUAUUUUGUCUCUGCUUGGAUCACUUGCAUUUCUAUUGCUAAUAGUGAUUCUUCCCAUCUUGAGGUUUCAAAGGAGAACUUAGUUAAAAAUUUAAUCAUAAUGUUAUAUUUCUUUACUUUAUAGUAGUUUGUUAUAUUUUUUACUUUUCAUUUUCACACUUAAAUUUUAUGUAAUCUAUUUGGUG